AUGGAAAGGGAAGAAAGGCCAUCACGAGAAUGGGCAAUCUGUAGUUGUCAAUGGGAAGAGCCAAGUGCGAAUGAGUCUACGAAAAAUUCUCUGCCUGCUGUUGGUGUGGAAAAUGCUAUGAUAAACAGUAAGGAAACAAAGGGGGCAGUGGAGGAUUUGGUUACGUUGGAAUUAAAUCCUCCGUCCGAGUCGAUGGGUGAUGUUCUGGUACUUGUAAUAGAAGACCCAAUAGUGCUAGUGGAUCCUGAGAAUGAAAAUCCAUUGGUGCUUGACCGGGUUGGUGACUUGAUGAUACUUACGAAACCAGAGGGUGCAAACGAUCAGGUCGAUGACAUGAUGGAGAGGACUUGCUUGUUCGAAAAUAUAGUUUCGGAGCCGGAGCUAGACAUUCAAUUAGAGGUAUUCAAUCAGGAGAAAGAAUACCUUAUGGAGUCCAAGGCCAAUGAAGAGAGACGCUUCCUUUGGGACGAUCUCAACAUUAAUAAUGUGGGGUUGGACCCUUGUGUCUUUGUGGAUGAUUUUAAUAUUAUAAGAAAUAAUUCAGAAAGGAUGAGAGGUAGGCCUCAACCUAGUAUGACUAUGGAGGAUUUUAAUAAUUGGAUCCAUCAAGGGGGUCUUAUGGAAAUGGCUACGAAAGGGAGUGCUUUUUCCUGGUGUAAUGGGCAAUCGGGGCUAGCUCAUCCUUGGGCGCGGCUUGAUCUUGCUCUCAUGGAUAGUUCUUUUCUUGCUUUGUUUCCUAAUGCUAUUUGUUCAUAUAUGUCGCGUUCUACUUCAGAUCAUACUCCCAUGUUCAUUGAAUUUAUGAAAGAUCCUUUCUCUUAUGGCCUAGCUCUGUUCUGUUUCCAACAGAUGUGGGUGGAUCACCAUGAUUUUUUGGACUGUGUUCGGACAGCAUGGGAUGUUCAUGUGGACGGAUCAGCUAUUUAUAUUUUGACUAGAAAAUUAAAGCAGACAAAGGUGGCACUUCGGGAAUGGAAUAAAAGGGUCUUUGGUCAUACUUUGAGUUGUAUUGAUGCUCUUGAAAAACAGGUUGAGGAGAUUGAGCAACAACUUCAAUUAAAUUGGGAGGAUAAAUUGGAGAGCAAAUUACAUGAGAGUGCACCGAGUCCUAAUGGGUUUGGUUCAGAUUUCUAUAAGACAUGUUGGGAGGUGGUUAAAGCUGAUGUGUGGAAAGCAGUUUUGGAAUUCUUCAUGUCAAAACACCUUCCUAAGUUCUUUACGGCUUCAUAUUUGGUUUUAGUACCUAAGGUGGAGUUGCCUACAGGUCUAUUGCCUCGUCUAAUUUCUUUGGAGCAAGGUUCCUUUAUUCCUGGAGGAAGCAUCUUUGAAAACAUUCGUCUCACCCAGGAAAUGGUUCAAUCUAUUAAUGAAAGAAUCCAUGGCGGUAAUAUUAUGUUGAAAGUGGAUAUGGCGAAAGCUUGUGAUCGCGUGGCCUGGGCUUUUCUUAUUACAGUCUUGCGUAGGUUUGGAUUUUCUUCUCAAUUCUGUGAUUUGCAAGAUGUACUAUCCCGGCUGAUCCAUGGCAGUGUGCGAGAGCAUAAGUUUGGGCUUUCUUCUCAGGCCCGAGGUAUGCCUAUUGUUUCUCAUUUGAUGUAUGCUAAUGAUGUUAUGAUAUUUUCCAAUGGAAGUCAGAGGUCGGCUCGAGUUCUUCAGCAAAUUCUGAGCCAAUAUGAGAGGUUCCCAAAUUACCAUCUCUCCAAGAUCCACAGGUUGAUGAGUUCUUUCUUUCGAAGAGAAUCUAAUGGGCGAGAUAAUAGAAAAUGGCUGGCGUGGAAACAUAUUUGCAAACUUGUGGAAGAAGGGGGGCUCGAGUUACAGGCUCUUCAAGAUGUUCAGAAAGCCUUACAUAUGCAUUUUGCUUGGAACCUUAUUCAAGAGCUUGGAAACAGAAUUUUGGGACUUGGUUCAGGCGUGCUAGCUCAUCUUCGCAGGUGGGAUUUAUUGUGGGCAUCAUGCCCAUCAUUGUUACUUGGUGCUUAUGGAGAAGAAGAUGUUUUGCUUGGAUGA